GGAUUGGAAUGAAUGAAUUCAUUCCAUCUCUUUUUGGUCCCUACAAUGAUUUUUCACACUUACACUGCCAAGUUUUGUAUCCAGAGAUGCCAUGUCGAAUAGAAUGGAUUGGUUUAAUCCCAGUAGAUGUCAACACAAAUCCUGAAUUGUUCAUCCAAAAUCCUAUGUAGAAUGGAAUGGAUUGAUUUAAUUUUACUGAAUUUGCAGCAACAGAAUGGUAUGAGGAGUAUCAUGUUUGUCAUGGAGGGGACGAGGAAGAGAGAAGAGCUAAUUACACUGACAUGGUUAACAAAUACUAUGAUCUUGCUACAAGCUUUUACGAAUAUGGUUGGGGUGAGUCUUUCCAUUUUGCGUCUAGAUGGAAAGGGGAGUCCCUUCGAGAGAGCAUCAAACGACAUGAACAUUUUCUUGCAGUGCAACUAGGAUUGAAAUGUGGACAGAAGGUGUUGGAUGUAGGUUGUGGAAUUGGAGGUCCCCUAAGGGAAAUCGCUAGAUUCAGUGAUACUUCUAUUACUGGGUUGAAUAACAAUGAAUAUCAAAUAACAAGGGGAAAGGAACUAAACCGCCUUGCUGGAGUGGACAAGACCUGCAACUUUGUGUUGGCCGACUUCAUGAAAAUGCCAUUUUCAAAUGACACUUUUGAUGCAGUAUUUGCAAUAGAAGCCACCUGCCAUGCACCAGAUGUGCUUGAUUGCUACAAGGAGAUUUAUAGAGUGUUGAAGCCUGGCCAGUGUUUUGCUGCUUAUGAAUGGUGCAUUACUGACUGCUUUGAUCCCAUGAACCGAGAACACCAGAGGAUAAAGGGAGAAGUUGAGCUUGGCAACGGACUUCCUGACAUCAGGUCAGUGGGACAAUGUCUUCAAGCUCUGAAACUGGCAGGUUUUGAAGUUCUGCGGGAGAAUGAUGUCGCUGCAGACUCACCUCUCCCUUGGUAUCUCCCUCUGGAUACAACUCAGUUCUCACUAAGUAGCUUUCGGACAACUGCUUUUGGACGCUUCAUCACUAGAAACAUGGUCAAAGCCUUAGAGUUUGUGAGGCUUGCACCAGAGGGGAGCCAAAGAGUUCAAGCUUUCCUGGAGAAAGCAGCAGAAGCUCUGGUUGAAGGAGGAAGGGAGGGGAUUUUCACACCCAUGUAUUUUUUCGUGGCCCGGAAGCCCCGUUCGUAAGUCAACAAAAUGGCAGCACACCUUUGAAGUUUACGCCAGACAGUUUUUCCAUUGAUAUAUUGCCUGGAAACCAAGCAGUGUUUAUUCAUCUCCUCUCGUUCCGCCAUAAUUUGUAGACUAAUAUAUAAACCAUUUAUUCACUGUGCCAAAAUAAUUAUUUGGAGCUUUCACCUCUGUUAGGGAACAUUGGAAAAAGCUUUGGUACCGAUUGGGUACUGAACCUAAUUUUUAAUUUGACCAUUCAAAUA